GGUCUUAAUUGAUUGCAUUUGGUCAAUCGUGGGCACGUGCUUUACGACUGGAAUUGAGAUGCAUGCUAGUAAAAUCAAUACUUGUGCCGUUUUCCCGGUAAAUUUUGUGGUUGCUUUAUAUUGCUGUUAUUUAACAUCUGCCUUCUAUAUUUAUUGCUUUGAUCGGUGGUGAUUGCAUUUAAGUGGACAUUUAUAUACUGUGUUCCCGUCACAAGUGAUGCAUAACUUUUUAUCUGGCAAACAUUCUGCAACUCAGCUUUUAAAGUAUGUAUGGCUACUGCAUUGUUUUUGUUAGUUAUACUUAUAACUGUUAUUUUUUUUUUAAUUUUUGUUAUUUUUACAUGUUUGUGUCCCAAUGUUCAAUGGUGGUGGGGUUACUUGAACUUGGAUAUGAAACCAGGUUUUUUGAGGUCGUCAGGUACAGUGGUAUGAAUAUUUUUGUGCUCAGAUAUCAUAAUUCAGCCACUAAGGAUGAAGACAUUAAAAAUGCAAUUGAAGAUGCUGGGUUUGAAGCCGACAUAUUACCUGAAUCCAGUACUGUUGGAAAGAUGCCACAUGGAACCUUGGUGGGACAGUUCACAAUUGGAGGUAUGACGUGUGCAGCAUGUGUAAACUCUGUUGAAGGUAUUUUAAGAAGUCUUCCAGGGGUCAAAAGGGCUGUGGUAGCUUUGGCUACUUCGUCAGGUGAAGUUGAAUAUGAUCCCGGUGUAAUUAGUAAAGAUGAUAUAGUCAACGCGAUUGAAGAUUGUGGUUUUGAAGCUUCAUUUUUACAAAGCAAUGAACAGGAUAAAAUAAUCUUAGGGGUGGUUGGUGUGUACAGUGUGAUUGAUGGACAAGUUUUAGAAGGCAUUAUUAGCAGCAUAAAAGGAGUCAGGCAGUUUCAUUUUGACCAGAUUUCAGGUGAAUUGGAUGUUCUGUUUGAUCCGGAAGUUCUCAGUUCUAGAUCCUUAGUUGAUGCAAUCCAUGGCGGAAGCAAUGGGAAGUUUAUAUUACAUGUUAGAAGCCCUUAUACGAGAAUGGCUUCUAAAGGCGUUGAAGAGAUCUCAACUAUAUUUCGGCUCUUUGUCUCUAGUUUGUUACUUAGUAUUCCUCUCUUCUUCGUGAGGGUAGUUUGUCCUCAUAUACCAAUGGUGUAUUCCCUGUUACUUCGGCGAUGUGGGCCUUUCCUCACGAGUGAUUGGCUGAAAUGGGCAUUGGUGAGUCUCAUUCAAUUUGUGAUCGGUAAGCGCUUCUACAUUGCAGCUGGCAGAGCUCUUAGAAAUGGUUCUACAAACAUGGAUGUCCUUGUUGCAGUGGGUACUACCGCAUCUUAUGUUUAUUCUGUUUGUGCUCUUCUAUAUGGUGCUCUUACUGGAUUUUGGUCUCCAACUUACUUUGAAACAAGUGCUAUGCUCAUAACAUUUGUAUUGUUGGGCAAGUAUUUGGAAUGCCUUGCCAAGGGAAAGACAUCUGAUGCUAUAAAGAAAUUAGUAGAACUUGCUCCUGCGACUGCUUUACUAGUUGUCAAAGAUAAAGGUGGUAAAUUUAUUGAAGAAAGGGAAAUUGAUUGUUUGCUUGUUCAACCUGGGGACACAUUGAAAGUUCUUCCUGGUGCAAAGAUCCCCGCUGAUGGUAUUGUUACUUGGGGCUCAAGUUAUGUAAAUGAAAGCAUGGUAACAGGUGAAUCUGUGCCUAUUUUAAAGGAGGUGAAUGCUUCUGUUAUUGGAGGCACAAUAAAUUUGCAUGGUGUCCUUCAUGUUCAAGCUGCCAAAGUAGGAUCUGAAACAGUUCUGAGUCAGAUUAUUAGUUUGGUUGAGACAGCGCAGAUGUCCAAGGCUCCUAUUCAGAAGUUUGCUGAUUAUGUGGCAAGUAUAUUUGUUCCAUUGGUCGUUUCUUUGGCAUUAUUGACGUUAUUGUGCUGGUACAUUGCUGGGUCUAUUGGAGCUUACCCAGAUGACUGGCUGCCAGAAAAUGGAAAUCACUUUGUUUUUGCCCUGAUGUUCUCGAUAUCUGUAGUAGUGAUUGCAUGUCCCUGUGCACUUGGCUUGGCAACACCAACGGCAGUGAUGGUGGCAACAGGGGUUGGGGCUAACAAUGGAGUGUUAAUCAAAGGAGGCGAUGCAUUGGAAAGGGCCCAGAGGGUGAAGUAUGUGAUAUUUGAUAAAACAGGCACUCUAACUCAGGGAAAAGCCACUGUUACUACAGCCAAGACAUUCACAGGAAUGGAACGUGGAGAAUUUCUUAAAUUGGUGGCUUCUGCUGAGGCUAGCAGUGAACACCCUCUAGCAAAAGCAAUAUUAUCAUAUGCACGCCAUUUUCAUUUCUUUGAUACUGGUACUGAGAAUGAUGCUGGGGAUGACGUGAAAACUGGCUGGCUUUUUGACGUCUCAGACUUCUCUGCUCUUCCUGGAAGAGGUGUUCAAUGUUUGAUAGAUGGGAAGCGCAUUUUGGUUGGUAACAGGAAGUUGAUGGCGGAAAAUGGCAUACAUAUUUCAACAGAAGUAGAAAAUUUUGUGGUAGAGCUUGAAGAAAGUGCAAAGACAGGGAUACUGGUAGCAUAUAAUGAUAUAUUAACUGGAGUCUUGGGGAUUGCGGACCCACUAAAGAGAGAAGCUUCUGUAGUCAUAGAGGGUCUCCAGAAAAUGGGUGUCACACCUGUUAUGGUUACUGGAGAUAACUGGAGAACAGCUCGUGCUGUUGCUAAGGAGGUUAGCAUACAAGAUGUUAGGGCAGAGGUUAUGCCAGCAGGAAAAGCUGAUGUUGUUCGUUCAUUCCAAAAAGAUGGAAGCAUAGUUGCUAUGGUGGGUGAUGGCAUCAAUGAUUCUCCUGCAUUAGCUGCAGCUGAUGUUGGUAUGGCUAUCGGAGCUGGAACUGAUAUUGCAAUUGAAGCUGCUGACUAUGUGCUGAUGAGAAAUAAUUUAGAAGAUGUGAUCACAGCCAUUGAUCUUUCCCGGAAGACCUUCUCUCGAAUUCGACUGAAUUAUGUGUUCGCAAUGGCUUACAAUGUUGUGGCCUUACCAGUUGCCGCUGGUGUUUUGUACCCUUCACUGGGGAUCAAGCUACCACCGUGGGUUGCUGGUGCAUGCAUGGCUCUCUCUUCUGUAAGUGUUGUAUGCUCUUCUUUGCUUCUUAAAAGAUAUAGAAGACCCAGACUUACUGCAAUACUUGAAAUAAUUGUAGAAUAGCAAGAAAGAAAUGAGAAUAAUUAAAGGUUUUAGUUUGUGAGGGUAUAAAUGAAUUGGGAUCGGAAUUUGUAAUUCCAAUUUUGUGCAUGUUCCUUUUUUUCCUGCAUCCCGGGAGAUGCUGUUGUAACUGUAGGCGCCAAUUAAUUGUAAAUUGUACUUGGAUUGUAAUUGAUGUAGCACUUCCCCUACAAAAACAGCUACACUUUCACUAGUUUUUAUUUAUGCUCAACUUCGAUGGAGCCACAUGUAGCGGACGAUUUCAAUGUGUAUAUGGUCCUGAAGUUCACACAUU